GCCCCCAGCGCGGCCCUUGCGGAGGAAAGCGAGCGGCUGGAAGACGGCCAGCAGCGGGGGCAGGAUCCGCCGACCCAGGGCACGCCCCGCGGUUUCGCCAGCCAGCCCGCGGCGCCGUCGCCGUCGCAAGGGCAGGCCCCAGGCGACAUCCCCGCCGCCCCUUUCCUCGUCCCACUGGACACCUGGGUCGGGGCCGCACCCUGCCGGCGCAGCGAUGUACAGGUCCACUCCGACCUGCUCUGCCACCCAUUCCUCGACGAGGGCGAGGACCAGGCCCGCGCCCUUGCGGGGCUCUACGGCAGCUGGGUCGCCCAGGUCGAGGCCGCCAUCCUCCAGCGCGAGGGCUGCGACAAGGCGAGCCGGGCCGCCCGCCAGGGCAGGGCGCGCGGCUUCGGCGCCACCUGGAGGCAGACGGCGGCUAGCCCAGGCAGGGCCCACCUCCACCAUCUUGAAGCUGACGCCUGGGCCACCCACAGUGCCAACCUCGCGGCCAUCAUCGCGCUGGCUGCCAGCGGCAAGGACCACCGGCAGCUGCUGUGGCGCCUCGACUUGCACCGCAGCGCCCUCGCAGACAUCGGCAAGCUCUCGGCCGCCAAGCGCGCGGGCCAGCUGGCGGACUACCAGCGCAGGGCCACGGUGAUCCUCGACCAGCCCCGUCAGGAGCAGGCGGCCGCCAGGCAGCUCGCUCUCGACCUCGCUGGCGACGCCGCGCGAAGGGCCCUCCAGCACGGGCGCCAAGCCUUCGCGACCUGGGCGGCCAAGGCCACGCUGGGCCAGCUCCACCGCUGGACCAAGGACGGCGACUUGGAGCGGCUCGAAGAUCCCACCGAAGGCGGCACCCUGGCGGACCCCGUCGAGGUCAUGCUGGCCAAGUCCACCACGUGGCAGAAGGUCUGGACCGCCCCCGCCGACCGCACGAAGGCCAUGCCGGUAGCUUUGGCCUCGCUCCGCGUUCUCGCGGCGCAGGAGACCAUCGAGCCCAUCGCGGUGGACGGCCUCAACGCGGCCACUGGCAAGCUGGGUCCCCGCAAGGCCCAGGGCGUUGACAGGCUCAGCCCGCUGGACGUCGAGCGCCUCCCCGACUGCGCCAAGGAGCAGUUCCUGGCCGUCCUACACCAAGCUGAGGCGCACUGCAUGUGGCCGCCGCAGCUCAACGGCACCCUGGGAGCGGUAGGUGACCGAGUCCUCGGCCUGCUCCCCAUGCCGGACCAUUGGGACACGGCCAUCAAGGGGUCGUCCGCCCUGCGAGCGGCCCUCUACCGAGCCACCCUGGACGAGACAGCCCAGGGCAUGGGCAUCCACCACGCCUCGCUGUACGCUGACAUCGCGAAGUUCUUCGACUCGCUGGACCUCGCCUGGCUCAUCGAGCGUGCGGUCGACCUCGGCUUCUCUCCCACGGUCCUGGCCCUGGAGGUGGAGGCAUUCUUGGCGCCGCGCUACCUAAAGCGAGGGCAAUGGGUCGGCCCCCCGAUCUUCGCCAGCCAGUCCAUCGUCUCGGGCUCCACCAACGGCGCCAGGUUCGGCAAGAUCUUCCUGUGCCCCAUCCUGCAGGCUGCCCAGGCCAAGGCCCAGGCCACCACCAUCUGGUCGUACAUCGACGACACCGUCUGGCGCGCGGAGGGCACCAACGCCGUCGUCACACACUCCCUCGCCGUUGCCAGCGCGGCCCUGGCCCAGCAGUGCAGCGACAGCCGCCUCGCGAUCUCCCGCAAGACCACGCCCGUUGCGUCCUCGGCCGCCCUUCGCAAGGGCAUUGGUAGGCGCAUGAGGCAGCACGGAGUCCCAGGCCACGGGGCUCACCACAUGGUCGACCUCGGGGUCGACGUCGUCACGGGCAACAGGAGGUCCCAGCGCAAGGCUCAUACCAGGCACACGCGCGCGGCCCUCCGUGCCAGGCGGGUUCAGCGCCUUCGUCGCGCGGCGGCGCGGCUCGGCAAGCUCGGCGCUAGUCUCCAUGCCACUGGCGUGCAGCCGCAGGCGGUGUUCGGGCGCGAGGUCUGGGGCAUCGCGCCCUCCAGGCUUGCCCUGCUCAGGCGUUCCGCAGCGGCGGCGGCUGCGGGAACGGGCCCUGGGCGAUGCCUCGACACGGCCAUGGCCCUGCUCUACGGUGACAAGGACCCCGUCAUCAAGCUGCGCACCCAGCUCGUGCACGAGUGGCUUACGCAGUGGCUCGCCAGGCCAGAGUUGCACAAGCGCGUCCUGCGCAUUUGGCCCCACGUGCACCACAGGCUCCUCAGGGCCAAGACGGGGCGAUGGCGCAAAGUGCAUGGGCCUGUUGCGGCGGUCAUCGCCACGCUCAUGGGCGCAGGCUGGCGGCCCACGUCACCCCGCUCCUGGUCGCGCCCCACUGCGCAAGGCGACGAGGAGUGGACCAUCCCGCUCGCCGACCACCACGGCCAGCUCCAGGUGGACUUCCAGGAGUUCUCGGAGCUGGUGGACUUCCUCGCCGUGGACCUCGACCGCCUCCGCUGGCAGCGGGCCAGCCAGCACGCCCACGGCGCGGGCCUGGGCCGGGCCGGCGACGUCUCCCAGGUCAAGCGCGAGCUCGACCACUGCGACAAGCACGGCCGCUGGCAGGAGUGGGCCCUCGACUACCUCGUCGCGGCUGGGGGGCAGUGGCCACGGCAGAGGCAGAUUGCCGCGGGCUUCCAGGGCGACGCAGUCUGCCAGCGAUGCCUCAGCGAGGCGGAGACGCCCGAGCACCGCAUGUGGCGCUGCCCCUGUAACCAGGGCAAGCCAGCCUACGACCAGACGGCCCACCUCAUCCCCCAGGCGCUCAGCGGUCUCGAGGAAUGCCCCGCCCUUUGGCUCAGGGGCGUCAGCCCUGCCAGCCACACCACGCCGCCGGUGCCCACCUGCGACGACGAGCUCCUGGUCCACUUCGGGGCCCCAUGGCCCGCAGGCGGUAGCCAGCCCACCACGGUCUUCGGCGACGCUUCGGGGGGCAAGCACGGCGCGGACGAGCGAAGGCGGCGGGUCGGCGUCGGAGUCGCGGUCAUCGAGGCCUGCGCGUCGCGUCCAGGCGAGGGUCCUUGCUCGCGUCGCGGCCCCAGCGGCCCUGGCGGCAGCCCGGGAGGCCCCGGCGGUGGCUCCGGAAGCCCUGGCGGCGGCCCCCGCGACGGGGUGACACCUGGUGUCGCCCAGGCGGGCGGCGGUGACACCUGGUGUCGCCAUAUCCCGGUUGCUGGCAGGGGCGGCUCCAGCGGCCCCGGCGGCGGCCCCAGGGGGCGCCGGGGCCCGCCGCCGUCGCCCGACGGCCCUGGGGCCGGCCGCCUCCCGCUCGGCCAGGCGGGCAGAGGCGCUCUGGGCGGCCCCGAAAGGGCCCUUGGCGGCGCGGGUAAGGCCUGCGGGCCGCGCUGGCAGCUGGCAGCUGGCGCGAUCGCGACUCUCCCUGGGCGGCGGCAGACGGUCCCGCGCGGGGAGAUCUUCGCCUUCGUUCUCGCCCUCGAGCAGCUGGAGACCGACAUCCACUACGUCACCGACAACAUGCCGCUCCUCAACGGGUGGAACGCCCAGCGCUGGCUCCACCUCGGCAAGGGCGCCAACAGCGACCUCUGGGCCCGCAUCGGCAGGUCACUCUUGGCCCACCCGGACCGCCAGGUGGGCGUUACUUGGACGCCAUCCCACCAGGAGGAUGAAGGGGAACCGAUGAUCUCCCACUUCCUCGCAGCGGGCAACUGCUGCGCCGACAGGCUCGCCAGCCUCGGCGCCGAGGCGGCUGCGGCCUCAGCCAGCCGCAGCACGCCGCACGCGGACCGCUGGGACGUCAUCGCCUCACAGGUCAGGCGGCGGGCCCGCCGAGCCCUGCUCGACGCGGCGGGCGGCGACCCAUGGCUUUCGGAGAGGCCCGCGGCGGAGCAGGUGGCCCGCCCCUCAGCCCUCCAACGGGCAAUCGACGACUCGCCGCACCAGCUCGUCACCUUGGGUCAGGGCAAGUGGAAGUGCCUGCUGUGCCGGCAGAAUUUCCCCGCGGCCACGCUUCGCGAGGCGGCUGCUUCCGCCUGCGCCGCCGCGGAAGCGGACUGGGCCUCGUUCGACCACGUCCGCGAAGUCCUUGCCGGCAUGCAGAUCGCCAUGGGGGCGGGCGUGGUCCACGCUUCCCACCGCCUCUACGAGUGGCCAGCCCACAGCCCCUUCUUCUGCGGCGACUGCGGGGCUCACGGCACCACGAUGGGCAUGGGGCUUCGAGGAGUGUGCACGGGCGAGACCACCCGCAAGACGGACGAGGCCCUCAGGAGGAUCGCCAAGGGCGUUUACCCGUCGCACCAGGGGCCGCCCAAGCCCGUCAUCGAGGCCAAGGCCAUUUCCGCCACGAUCGCCCACGUGGUCGGCAGCGGACUGGCCCCCGCGGACCCCGCGAUCCCCGAGAACCUCCCCGAUGCCGGCCG